UUCAUUAUGCACGCUAAGAAAACUGCAUUUGUUGUGGAGCACGAUUUUAUAAUGGCUACCUAUCUUGCUGACCGAGUAAUUGUUUUUGAUGGAGAGCCAUCUGUACAUGCCACUGCUAGAAAACCACAAAGCUUACAAGAAGGCAUGAACCGGUUCUUAAAGAUGCUUGAGAUCACAUUCCGUCGUGAUAGUGAGUCGUAUCGACCUCGAAUUAACAAAAAGGAUUCGAUGAAAGAUAUCGAGCAAAAGAAGAGUGGUCAAUUCUUCUUUUUGGAUGAAGCUUAG